AUGGCCGACCACGACAACUCAGUGGGUGCGGCCAGCUCGGUCGGUGCGGUCGAUGCUCUUGACGACAGCCAACACAAGAAACGCCACUUUCGGCUGUCGAUCAUCUUAUUCAACAUCCUCAUGUGUUUCGGCUCUUUGUCUUUCGCUUAUUCCGGGGCGGUCAUCGGCACCACCCUGGGCCAGCCGUCCUUUUACGAAUACAUGGAACUCGACAAGAUGGCCGACGAGUCCGGGGUCAUUGGCGCAACAACAUCCAUGUACUACGUAGGGGGAUUCUUCGGGGCCUUUUUCAGCCACUGGGUGGGCGACAGAUAUGGUCGAAGGAUUGCGAUUUUCGGAGGAGCUCUGAUUGUGCUUUUGUCGGCCGCCCUCUGUGCAGGGUCGGUCCAUAUCGCCAUGUUCAUCGUCUUCCGCCUGUGGAGUGGAUUUGGCGCCAUUAUGUUGUCCACCUCAGUCCCUCUGUGGAUCAUGGAGUGCGCGCCUCCCGAGGUCCGGGGCGCCUUCGCGCAGAUGCACGCCGUCGGCGUCAACCUCGGGUUCGUCCUCGCCAACUACGUCGGAGUCGGCUUCUUCCUACACGUGAAUACGAACGGUUCAUGGCGUGGACCACAGGCAAUCGGUUGUAUUCCGUGCAUCCCUCUGAUGAUUGCCAUCUGGUGGAUCCCGGAAUCUCCCCGCUACCUGCUGUUGAAAGAUCGGACGGAAGAAGCCUGGAGCAUCAUCAAGAGACUCCAUUCCACCCCCAAUGACACGACGCACGAGUUUGCCCGCCGGGAGAUGUACCAGAUGCGGAAGCAACUGGAGAUCGAUCGUGCCUUGCCCUCCUCGUGGCUCGAGAUGUGGAGAAGGCCAUCAUAUCGAAAGCGUAUGGCCAUGGCCAUCUUCCUGGGAUUCUCCAUCCAAGCUUGCGGCAGCCAGAUCAUCGCCAUCUACGGCACAACUCUGUACAAAAACCUGGGCUUCUCUUCCGAGAAACAACUCCUCUUUCAAGCCGGCACCUUUGCGGUCAACCUGCCCUUCACCACCAGCUGUGUCUUUUACACGGAAAAGUUCCGAAGACCUACACUGAUCUCCUUUGGGCUGGUGCUCCUGGUUGGCAUCCUGUCCUGCUAUACCGGGCUCACUGCAACCUAUAUCGGCACCGACAACCGGGCGGGCCAGAGUGCCGCGGUGGCAAUGAUCUGGAUUUUCUUGGCCACAUACUCAGCCACGGUCGAGGGUCCUUUCUAUUACUAUAGCUCAGAAUUUUUUCCUACCCAUCUCCGGGCCAAGGGCAUGACGCUGCAGGCGACCACCUUCUGCUGGACGAGUAUCCUGUGGGCUCAAUCUGCGCCCACCGCCAUCGACAAUAUCGGCUGGCAUUUCUUCCUGAUAUUUAUCAUACUGGCUACCUUUGGGGCCGCCGUGAUAUACUUUUAUUAUCCCGACACUCGAGGCAAGACCCUGGAGGAAAUCGCCGCAUUGUUCGGUGACGACGACUUGGUGGCCGUCUACCAGCGCGACAUUCAUCUCGACCAUGGUACGGUUGUGGCAGAUAUUGUCCGGGAAAAGUUGGAUAAAGAAGGAACAGCGGAUAAUCUAGAGCAUGCAGUAUGA